CCGAAAGGUUAAGCCUCAACGUUCGGCGUCUCCUUUAGAAACAAGAAGGUACCCAAAACUCCAAAACCCUUGUUGGACAUGAAAGAAAGAUUCUAGAGGUAUUGACCUAGUCAACAAAAAUAAGAAUAAUAAAUAAAUAAAUAAAGUAAAAAUUGUCUCAUAUAAUAACCAUAUCUAUCAAAAAUACCAUAACACGACUGUUCUUUAAAAAUCCUAAUUUUUAAAAAUAUAUUAUAUUUUUUGAAAAGGGAAAAUGACAUAAAUGCCCUACGAACUUUAUAGGGUUUAUCUUUUUAGUCCCUAAACAAUUUUUGUGGCCUUAUAAGGGAACGCAGUUGUGUUUGUCGGGUCGAUUACAUCAUUUUGGCCAAAAUGAAGGAGUCACCCGGUUACUUCUUUGACACAUUGACAUUUGUUGACUAAUUUUCUUAUAUUGCCUUUGAAUUUUCCCCACUCUCGGACUCACUCACUCACUCUCUCUCUCUCUCUCUCUCUCUUGGACUUUGUGAAAGUCAACUUUUCCCUCCCUCCCACUGAGUUACUGCCAAGGAAUGAAGGGGGAACAAGAGCGGUCAAGGAUUGUCACCCUCGACCACCCACUGCCAUCGGGAACCACCAAGAGUCGCCGCCAGCACCCACCAUCGUGUUCUCUUGGGCUACCAACACAACCCACACCCACCCAUUAUCACCGUUGUUGCCGUGGAUGGAGGUCGAUAUACUGUAUGCCAAAACGACCCGCUUUCAAAGGAUCAGCUCCAAUCAAUCUCUCGGAUCGUCUAAACCAAGUCCUCCGGUGGGCCCUAGGCUUAGUCGAGAUAUUUUUCAGUCGGCAUAGCCCUAUUUGGUAUGGCUACAAAGGCGGUAACCUAAAAUGGCUCGAGCGGUUAUCCUAUGUCAACACCACCGUCUACCCCUUCACCUCCCUCCCCCUCCUCGCAUACUGCACCCUCCCUGUCGUCUGCCUCCUCACCGGAAAGUUCAUCAUGCCGGAGAUUGACACCUUAGCAAGUCUCUUCUUCAUUUCUCUUUUUCUCUCCAUUUUCACCACCGGAAUCCUCGAGCUCCGGUGGAGCGGUGUCAGCAUUGAGGAGUGGUGGAGGAACGAGCAAUUUUGGGUGAUCGGGUACCAAUCGUGGGGCUCACUAUUUGGGAAGUUGUUCUUUGCGUUUUGGGUGAUUGUUCAUCUUUAUCCGUUUCUUAAAGGUCUCAUGGGAAAGCAGAAUAGGACCCCGACUAUUGUGGUUAUAUGGUCUAUACUUCUUGCUUCGAUCUUCUCGUUGCUUUGGGUCAGGAUUGACCCGUUUGUGUUGAAAACUAAAGGACUCGAUGUCUGUAUUCAGAACAAAGAAGAUGAAAGCCGACCUGAUGUCCGUAUUCAGAACAAAGAAGAUGAAAGGGGAGAGAGACCUAUGAUUGAUUCAGAUGGAGACAUCAGGUGGGUGUCGGUUGACUGUGAAGAAAAUAUGGAGACUGUCGAUCGAUUAUGA